CACGGUGGACUUUUUCUGGAAUAUUAUUGUGCACUGUAGUAAUAAGGCAUGUGCUGCCUCAGUAAGACAGAGAAGAGAGUGAAACAUUAAUCUCUCUAGAACACAUGUUUCCCUGGAUGCUUUUCAAUGACACUUACACUGUAUCUGAUUAACGGCAUAAGAGAAUUGUAAGAAUGCUGAUUAAUUUUCAGUGAGAGCAGGAUUGAUUUGUCUUGCCAAAAAGAGAUGUGUGGCAGCUUUUUUUUUUUAGGUGAAUAUUUUCCUUUUUUUUUUAAAUGACACAUUUUUGAAAAAAGACGACUCAUUUGUGAACGACACAUCACUAAAUCAAACUCAAUUUCAGAAAUCACACUUUAGUAAUCUAACCAUGUUUACUGUUUUUCUUGUUGUUGUUGUUCUUGUGUGCGAACAAUGUAGGAACAGUACUGUUCAAUUUAUGUGUUUAUGUGUUUAUGUGUAUUAUUUGCAGUUCUCAAUGCUGAUGUUUAUCAUUUUUGCCAUAUAACAUAGUAAAUAAUAUAUAAUAUAUAUUUUGAUUUCUAUCCAGCCAUCCAUUUUCUGUGUCAGAACUAUUUGUUCUCAGCGACAUCCAAUUUCUGUGUAGUGUAGUGUGUUUUUGCCACUAGAGCACAGAUAUCCAUUAACCUGUGAAUCUGUGAAUUUCAAUUUCAGUGGCACGUCUUUGUGAGAAUCUCUGCUUGAAUGUUGUUGUUUGUUUAUAAACUAGAAGAUUACAUGUUAAUCAGUAUAUCUAUAAGGACAGGAAGGGGAGGAGUGUGAAAAUGCAAUUAUGUCUGGGAAUGUAAAUGCUUUGCUGCUUGCGGUGUCUUUUUACUCCGCUGUCUAGCUUUUUCCUCAUCAUGCUAACUGGUCUGGGAGAAAGAUAAUGAUCCUCUGGUGAAGAAAAUGAAAGGUUUGUCUGUUGUCGUGGCUAUAGUACUGUCCUUAUCAUUGGCCAAACACAGAACAUCUGAUGAAGUUGUUUUGACUGCCUGGCCUCAGGGACAGUACUUCUACUUCUGGGAAGCCAUCGUUCUGAUAUGUGAGAUAAAAAGGAACUCUUCAGAGGUGUGGCGCUACAGUUGGUUUAGACACAACCUCAGUGAGGCUACUACCCCGAGCCGUGCUCACAGAGUGAGCCAUCACAUUUACUCCAUUUCAGCGCUGACCCCCGAGGACAGCGGCACGUACUGGUGUAAAGCUCAGAAACAGGACACAAAUUCCACCCUCCUGAGUAACUCUGUGUCUUUAAGUGUCACAGCAGCCUCACCUCCUGCAUCCCUGGAGGUCUUGCCUGACAGCAGUCAGCACUUGCAUGGCAGACAGUUUUCUCUGUGCUGUUCUGUACAUAGUGGUAAAACAGCAGGCUGGACCCUGAGGCGGCUUCGCGGUGGUGAAGUAAAUUCAGACUGUUUGAAGAUGGAGGGCAGAGUUGACCUGAAGAUACAAGGCAUGUGCAGCUUUAACAACAUCACUGGUCGAUUAAGUGGCUUGUACUGGUGUGAAGCAACCAGAGGGGUUCAGCGCAGCAAUGCCAUCAGCAUCACUGUGAGCGAUGGCAAUAUGAUACUCCAGACUCCAGUUCAACCUGUAAUGGAAGGACAGACGGUGACAUUACUAUGUAAGACUUCCUUCAACUUAAACCAAAUAUCCAUCUCUAGAGACGAUGGGCAGCGCAUAAAUAAUAUUAAUGUGACGAUGGAGAAUGUGACUAAGGCUCAUGAGGGAUUUUACAAGUGUGUCAACACAAACGCUUCUGUAGAGAGUCCAGAAAGCUGGCUGUCAGUGAGAGAUCAGGCAAAGGAAGUAAACGCCUUUAUAGCGCCGUGGGUCUGGGCUGUCUGUGUCAUUGUCAUCAUUCUGCUUCUGAUCCCUAUCACCUUUCUGCUUGUACCAAGCCUCAGAAAGAGAGUAAAGUUGUUUCCAACAUGCAGAGAAUUUAAUACCCUUCAGGAAAUGCCUCAAACCAAACAGGAUGUGACAGAGAUCCAGUGGGACCUAGCCUGGAUGGAGAUGACUAAUCUGUUAGACAAGCCAUGCCCUGGCAGCUGAGCAGUUCUUAAACUAUUUACAUACUAUUACACUAAUGACAAUACAACAGUGCAUAAUGUCUUCAUGGACAAAGUAACAUAUACUGAGAAUCUCUAAUCCAUAUUGUAUUGUUAAUAUGCAAUGUAUUUGACAGAAAUGUUUAUUAGAGAAGGUAAAUAAGUAUCCAUGUAUCCUCAUGAAGCUGAAAUGUGACAGUAAAAACAUACAGAUAUUACUUUGUAACAUUUUUUUUGUAAAGUGAAUAUUUGGAAGUUGCUUAAUGGGUUUAUAACAAGCGUUUACAUUUUUAAUAAGAAACAUUAUUUCUUAUUUAAAAAAAUGCAGCUGUCAAGGUCCUAUCCACACCUAGAUAUAACCACCGACACAUACUCACAUACAACCUGUAAUGUGUUUUAAAAACACUAGAGGGCAGAGCUGACAUUACGUUAUUGCCUAUUGUUGUUUUGCCCGACGGUGAGAUUUAAUAAAAACACCUAGGCACUUUGAUCAGAGUAAUAACAUGAAAUUGAUUAUAGUAGUGAUAACUCUGAUACAAUUCUUACAGUCAGGUUAAUAAAAGUGUGUGAGAGAAUAA